UUUCUUUUUUCUUCCAACUUGUAACAGUCUCACAAGACUAUAACUGAAUUGUUUGCCAUGUAAAUAUUUGCAAUGUCUGUUUUCAGCACUCUGGGCCCCAUGAGUCCAGGAAAGGAAUCUGUCGGCUUCUCCAGUGAAUCUCCAGUGUCUGGCACCAUGACUGAACAUGGUCAUUGCUCAACAAAUACUGACUGACUGGACUAGAUGACGAAAGAAAGGAACAAGAUUUGCAUUUACAGAAGCUCAGGAAAGGGAAGUUACUUGCCCCAGAUCACACAGCCUACGUAAGAGGCAGAAUAAGAAUUGGAACAGGUAUUGGGGUAGCUCCUAGGCCUGCUUCUUUUAGCCUCAUGUUCUGGGAUGUUAUGUCACUCUCUGGAUUUGGAUUUGGCAUGAGGAGGUAGGACAGGAAGGCAGAGUGGGGGAGGGGGAUCUGGUGAGUAUCAGAUCUGGCCUGAAACAUCCCCAGAGCCUGCUGUCUCCUGGGCCCCAUCCUGCAGGGAGAGCAGCGUGAGGCCCUGGGGGGCUGUUCCUCUUUCUGAGCGGCUGCUAGGAAGGAACCGGUAAUGUGCAACACAGAGCCUACCCCUUGUCACCCCCCGUGCAUCUGUCUGUCCUGCUGCCUCUGUGGACUCUGUAAGACACCAGCACGGCUGGGGACCAUGGGAGGCACAGCCACGACCACGACCCUCACUGCCCUUCUCUGCCUCGGGCUGUGCCCGGACCCAUGGGACCAGGUCCCGGCAGGUGAGCCCCCCCAACCCUCCAUCUGGGCUGACCUAGGCCCCAUGGUCACCAAGGGAAGCCCUGUGACCAUCUGGUGUCCGGGGUCUCCGAGGGCAGAUGUCUACCGUCUGUAUAGAGAGAGGCCCUCUGGACUCUGGGAGGCUAAGGCCCCAGGGGACUCCAGUAACAAGGCCAGUUUCCCCUUUGAAUCCUCGAGCUCAAGCCCUGCAGGGCGGUAUCAGUGUGUCUCUCGCAGCAGGAAAGAGGUAGAGCGGAGUGACCCCCUGCCCCUGGUGGAGACAGGGGUGCGCAGAGCCCCGCCCUCAGCCCAGCCACGCCCUGUGGUGGCCUCACGAGGGAGCGUGUCCCUGGCACGCAGCUCACAGUCUGCAGCGGGCACUUUGCACCUGCUGAAGGAGGGAGGUGCUGACCCGCGACACAGGACAUCGAGGACCCAUGGGAGGGGACAGGCCGUGUGCCCUGUGGGGCCCGUGAACUCCUCCCGUGGGGGGACCUGCGGAUGCUAUGAUUAUCCCAGCUCUCCGCAUGUGUGGUCACACCCCAGUGACCCUCUGCAUCGCCAGGUCACAGGCGUGUACAGGGGGCCCUCCCUCUCAGCCCAGCCGGGCUCGCUCGUGCUCCGUGGAGACAGCCUGACCCUCCGGUGUCGCUCAAAGGCCGGCUCUGGCAGACUUGCUCUGACCAAGGACGAGGAGGUCACACCUUCCCUCUGUCUUGAGGCCCAGCACAGCCCUGACUUCCCCCUGGGCCAUGUGAGCUGCACCCACGGGGGCCGGUACAGAUGCUACGGUGGACGCCUCUCCUGUGUGUGGUCGGCCGCCAGCGCCCCCCUGCACAGCCUGGUGCUGGACACGGCUCCACCCUUUCAGAACAACUUCACCUUGAGUGCUGUGACCUCAGCCCACAGUGGGACCUACACGUGCUACAGCUCACUCAGCACCUCCUCCUCCCUGAUGUCACAGCCCAGCGACCCCCUGGAGCUCUUGAUCUCAGGGGGCUCCGAGGAUGAGCUUCUCCCCCACACAGAGUCAGGCGUGCAGACGGCCUCUCCCUUCUGGAAGCACCUGCCCUGUGGGCUGCUGCAACCCCACACCUGGUCUCCUCUGACCUUCAAGGUGUUGCAUGCUCAGGUCGAGCUGGCAGGGCUGAAGGCCGCCGCAUCUGAAGCCCCCCAGGAUGUGACCUAUGCCCAGCUGAACCACUCGACCCUCGGACGGGAGACUGCACCCCCCACCCCCCAGUCAGGGGAGCCCCCAGCAGAGCCCAGCGUGUAUGCUGCUCUCGCGGUCCGCUAG